AUGUCUUUCACUGUCGCAAGAUGCUCAGUUUCGGACCACAUCCUCAAGGUGGCACAGCACUUCACGCAGGACCUCACCCACAAUACUGCUCUGGCCAGCUCCUUCGUCAUCUGCAAGGACUCGUACACUGAUAAGAACACUGGUGUCACCCAUGUGUACAUUCGCCAGUAUCUGCACAGCAUCGAAGUUGCAGAUGGCAAUAUCAACGUCAACGUGAAGGAUGGUGUCGUACUCUCGUAUGGUGACUUGGAUGUAGACACACUCAAUGAUCUGACGUGGAUGCUCUUUUGGUUCAUGAUUGCCACAAUACCCAAUGUGUCACUUGCACAAGACAUUAUAGAAGACCCCGCAUCUUUCCUCGCCAAGAUUUUGUCUAUAUGGGAGAUGCAGUUUGUCGGGGACCAGGGCUCAAUCACCAUGCUGAUUGACAAUGUCCCCUAUGCUCUCAGCCCCGUCCCGCAAGGUGAAUCUACUGCACUUGAGCUCAUCUGGAAGUUCGAGGUGGAGAUGCAGGACAACUGGUGCAAGACUGCGGUGUCAGCUGCAUCACUGCAUCACAUUGUUUCUGUUGUCAACUGGGCAUCUGACCUGCCUGUUCCCACACCCAAGCUACCAUCAUCCCUGGAGCAUGCGAUAUACAAGGUGUUGGCAUGGGGCAUCAAUGACCCAUCUGUGGGCAACCGGUCAAUCCAGAAGGAGAACUAUGAUGUCCUCACGAGUUCUAUUGGCUGGCACUCUCUGCCGUUCGCGAACAACCCACAGUCUAUGUCGCACAAGGGCAGCGAUGUGUUUGCACAUGAGAACUUGAAGGGUCGUAACGUAUGGAAGCUGAACUACCACCCGAAUGCAGAUGCUGAUAUGGUGUUCAAAUAUAAGUAUGUGCCGACGGAGAUAGACUGCACAGAUGCGCUUGGUGAGGCAAAGAAGUACAUCAAUGCAACAGUUAUGCAGCUCUUCUACUAUGGCUUGGACAAGGUCUUGGGCAACUUCCAACAGCACAACUUCGGACGUGGCAGUGCAGAGAAUGGUGCGGCAUUCGUGAACGCACAGGACAGCAGCAGGUACAACAACGCUAACUUUAUGAUGCCACCUGACUGCCAGAAGGUGAACCCGUACCACGAUGGUGACAUGGAAGCGGGCAUCAUCAUCUACGAGCUGAGCUACUUGGGCCGUCUUGGUUGGGGUGAGAGCACGAGCACCUACUCAGACUACGCGAUGGGUGUGUGGGCUAACAAGACGAUCAAACCGUCGAUAUUUGUCGACAGUCUGUUCCUGCCUUCACCCUGCAAGGAUGGCACAGUGCCUGAUAGUGACUUCUAUCACCCGGUGAAGCUGACGCUCGAUGAUGAUCGCAAGCUGCUCAUCCCGAAGCAUGGUAACUCGCUCAUCCAGUGCCGGCCACCGUUCUUUGAUGCAUGUGACACGAUCAUCCAGGUGGACUCGAUCCUUACUGGCAGUGAGAACCACUGUGACCUCUGGGCCGCAUUUGCUGAGUGUGGACUCAGCCUCAAUGUCACUGGCAGAGGAUUGCACACAAAUAACUUUAAGGUGCCACGGAAGUACAACACCACUUCAUCGGAGGUGUUCCUUGGAGCCCGUCUGCCAGUGUCGGGUGAGUAA